GAAACCUGUGCGAAUUCUCGUGAAGUUUGCAACAUGUUCGGAUCUUAUGGCUUUCAUCAAACCAUACUCACACCUACCCGAGAUGUGUCGAGUUUUCACUUGGAAAUAGAAGCAGCAUAAAUCAUGGAGAUACCGGAGAAAGAGCCUUGGCCGUUGGCAUGCAUUAGUAACUGUUCGGAAUCGGGGGAGCCGAUUUUACCGAUUGACAUGCAAUUUAAUGACGGACAUUUGUUGUCAAUUAUCGGGAACAGUAUAUUAAUGGUAUUUUCCGCGAUCGGAAAUAUUACAGUGCUAGUACUAAUACUUCGAAGGCGUCGAAAAACUCCAUCAAGAAUUAAUAUAAUGUUGAUGCAUUUAGCGAUUGCGGACCUGUUAGUUACAUUUUUAAUGAUGCCAUUAGAAAUCGGAUGGAGUGCGACAGUCUCGUGGAAAGCGGGAGACGUCGUGUGCAGAAUAAUGGCAUUCUUUCGAAUGUUUGGAUUGUACUUAUCCAGUUUUAUACUGGUCUGCAUUAGCAUGGAUAGGUACUACGCUGUGAUAAAGCCGCUCAGUUUUAGUGGAGUCGAUAAACGAGGAAAAGUGAUGCUAAUGAUCGCCUGGUUUGGAUCAACAAUUUGUAGCUCACCACAAGCCGUCGUCUUUCACGUAGAAAUCCAUCCUAACGUUACAUGGUACAAGCAAUGCAUCACGUACCACUCCUUUCCAACGGACGAAUACGAACUGGUGUAUCUCAUAUUCGGAAUGGUGGCGAUGUAUGCGUUUCCACUUAUUGUAUUUAUUUAUUGCUACGGCGCAAUUUUAUUGGAAAUAUUUCGUAGGAGUAGAGUCGAAGGACCGCCCAGCUUCCGCCACGACGAAAAUCUCGAUAUUGACGUAAAUUUUAUUACUUUGAGUGGCCUUGAUCAACUUCAUAUAGCUCCAAAGAGUUAUUUAAAUAAUAAGUUUAAGGACGGCUGAUACAACCCUAGGUAUCACUAUCUUGAAUAUCUAAAUUUGAGAACUCUUAUCUGGGUCGCAAUUUGGGCUCAAUUAAUAACAAAAUGAACCAUUUACACAUGAAACAAAUGGGGCCAGAAUAACACAUACCACGCAACAAGAGAUCGACGGAACAAUUAAUUAAAGAAAUUUUAAUUACCUUAAAGUGUCAAUCCAAAAUUUCCGGUCGUAACUGUGAUUUUCAGUAAAGGGCGCACAAACUCAAAACACCAGGUGAUUUGCUUCGAAACUUCACUUCUCCGUUGUUGGUGGACAAAAUUCGAACUUGAAGACUUUUCCUUAACCACAAAACGGUCGAUGAGCACAGCACUUUGACUAAAUUUUUUCGUAAAGCGGAAAAUACGCUUCACGAUUAAACAAGACCGACUGUCUCUUUAAAGAGCCUUGGUAACGACAAAACUGGCUAUUUUGCAAAGAAAUACGCUCAAAUACGGCUACGUUAAAAAAAAUCGUCACGUCCUUACCUUGAAACUAAUUUGCUUUGUAUCAAUAAGAAAACUUCGUAUCUACGACCGGAUGAACAUGAGAUAAACUUUAACAAAUGCUACGCAACGUAUUAACGUAUUAAUUUAUUAAGAAAGUAUGUUUGGUAUCUCAAGUUUUGUUAACAUCUGUAUGAGAAAACUUCCCUUGCUUUCAAUCUUUCAUUAAUUUUGUCAACGUUUAAAUGUAAAGCAUACGUAGCUGUGUAUAUUAUUCAACAAAGCAGUUGAGAUUUUCAUAUUUGAAUUCUAAAAUAAAUUGAAGAUGUUUUAGUUGAGAGAUUACGCGUUCCAAUUAUUGAUAAUUGCAGAUCAUUAAUAAUUUUCGUGAAAGUUGUUUGUUCGUUGUCUUAUGGAAGUUUGUAAUUAAAAUGAACGUUUCUACAUAAUGUGCUUGUUUCCCAUUACCUACACCUACUCUAGUCACUUGCUUUAUACAUAAUUAGUAUUGUUUCAAGAAGUAAGUAAUGGCAAAACAAGAAGACAAUAGGACUUAAUAUUUAUCUAUCAUAAUACGAUGUUGAACUACAGCACAAAGUUAGUAGUUUCACUUACAAACACUGUCCUUUUUACAACGGAGCAAUAAGAGCAUAACUUUGAACCGUUCCAUUCUCAUGUGACAGUUUUCUAACAGUUUCGUAAGUAAGGUAAUUCUUUCCCGGCGCGUCCCAUAAUUUUCGACUUUAUCUACUCGUAUUUACUUACGUCUUUUAAUUAUUUCUUAUAUACCUACGGGUAUGAAGUAAUCAGUUUCGUUCAAGUAGAAAAGACAGCGGUGUCGAAUUAAGUGAUCGGCCGCCUGCCGAUACGGUACUUACUUAAAAGUGCGCAAUUGUUUUGUUAAUUCCAAUCUAAAAUUCUCGCACAGCUACUUUAAUAGGAUUACGAGCAUGUUAUUAGGCUUAUUAUUCAGAAAGUUUACGUUUGCGACAAAAUACGACGAUGUUCUUAUCUAUGAAUAUUCAAUGUGAGCUCCAGUAAAUAAUUAAGAAAAUGAUUUCAAAAACAUAGUGCUUUUUGAUACACACAACAUUGUUAGUUUUGUUUUCCGGAGCGUAAAUGAACAACGUUAAAGGUUUUCCGACACGGUAACAGGCGACAUACAAUUGGC